AUGGCCUGGUACAGCAUAGCUGCUGCUUGGCUCAACUCCACUCAUCUCUUCUCAGCAGAGCACUUUGCUUUCAGCAGUGACGCUGUCUCAUCUCGCUUCUGCAUAACAUGUCAGCACACUAAAGCUUUAGAUGGUACUAAAUCUGUAUUAAAUGGAAUUCCUAAUAAUGUGGACAUAGCUUUUGAAUUAGUACUUGCAGCUGAUCGCCCAACAUUCCUAAAACUCGAGAAACCUGUUUUCAGGGUCCUGCAUGAAGUGCCCAUGUGUGAAGUCUCUUCCAUCUUAGAAGCAGUGUCCUUCGGCAUGGGCCCGAGCUCUCUGCUGUGGGUGCUGCCCAACGAGCUGGUGCCGCCCUCGCUUCGAGUGCUGACCACCACCUCCGUCUUCGUCUUGGCGUCGUUGUUGGGCUUCAGCGACACCAAGCUGUUCCAGGUGGUCGCAGACACCUACGGCGCUUUUAUACCUUUCUGGUUUUUCACGAUGGUUUCUUUCCUAGGGUUUUUCUUCGUGUGGUUUUUCAUUCCUGAAACCCGAGCAUCACUGGCUUGCUUGAACGCGGGGCUGCUGUUGGGCUGGAGCUCGCCGGUGCUGCCACAUCUGAUGAGCAAUGCGUCGCACAUCGCCGUCUCGACGGAUGAGAGCUCGUGGCUGGGGUCGGUGGGACUUCUUGGUAUGGUGGCGCCCUCGCUGCUGGCCGCCGUCCUAGUGGACACCGUGGGCCGCCGAAGGCUGCUGCUGGCCGGCGCACCGCCCUUCCUGGUGAGCGCCGUCUGGCAGCGGUUCGCCUCCACCUACUGGGAGCUGCUCACCGCCCUCUGCGUAGGCAGCAUCGGCACCGGCAUCAGCGUCACUACAAUGCCGAUAUACGCAGUUGAAAUUGCGCAGGAUCACAGGAGAGGGCGACUGGUGGCAUUCGGUCCACUCAUGUUGGGUGUUGGAGCUCUUCUGACGACGAUCGUUUCACUCAACGUCUCCUUCUUCUCAAUGACUGAAUUCAUGAUGGCGUGUAGUAUUUUGUUUGUGGCGAUUUUCUGGUGGAUGCCAGAAAGUCCCUACUUCCUGGUGGCCAAGCACCGCAAAGAAGAGGCCCUGAAAGCACUGAUGAAGUUGCGGGGAACGUAUUCUGCGGACAAUGCUCUGGACGAGGUACAGGAAAUCCAGAGGGCUGUAGACGAGCGCACACAGCGCGAGAUCAGCGCGGCGGACUCCCUGACGGAGCUGCGGAAGAACGCCGGCGCUAGAAGGGCUUUUCUGGUGUCGCUGGCUGUGUCUGCGCUGGUGGCGUUGUGCGGCUGCGACUCGCUGCUGUCGUCCUCGACUAUCGCCCUGGCGGACAGCGGCAGCCCGCUGGAGCCCGGUCUGUCCGCGACGGCAGUGAGCGCCGUGCGGGCGGCGUCGGCCGGCGCCUGCCUGCUACUGGUGGAGCGCCUGGGCAGGCGGCCGCUGCUGUUGCUCUGCUUCGGCGGCUGUGCCCUCUCCUCCGCGGCCAUCGGCGUCUACUUCUACCUCAAAACAUACAGCAGCCCCCAAGUCGUGGCCAGCAUCUACUGGAUGCCUCUGACGAGCCUUCUUCUCUUUUGCGUGUCCUUCGACAUGGGAGGCUACCCGCUGGUGUGGGUGCUGCCGAACGACCUGAUGCCGGCGUCAGCGCGGGCCCUGUGCAACUCGUGCGUCUCCGUCGUGAGCUCAGCGCUGGCCUUCGCCCUCACUAAGCUGACUCAAGGCGUCUCAGAUGCUGGAGCGCCUUUCGCGCCCUUCUGGGUCUUCGCUGCUUGCGCCUUGGCUGGGUUGUCCUUCACUUGGUAUUUUAUUCCCGAAACCAAAGGUCGCUCACUGAUGGAUAUCUCCUCCGAGAUGAACGUCAAAGCGCUUGGACGCCCACUGGACAAACGUUAUCACUGUCUCUAG